UUGGAGUCUCUCAUAAACGCCCCUGACCUGAGCAUCUGUCUGGAGAGGACGAGGCAGGGGAGGCCUGCUUUCUCUGCAAUCCAGGGAUCACAUCCCCGUCAGGAUCCCUGCAUGCCCACUUCAGGUGUCAUCAGCAUGGAAUUCUGAAGUCCAUGUGGCUCCUCACAGUAAACAAGGUCUUAAGGAAAAUGCAGAGACGCCACAGCAGUAACACGGAUAACGUUCCACCUGAAAGAAAUCGCAGCCAAGCACUCAGCCCCGAGGUGAGCGUGAAUGAAGGGGGCGUCUUUGAGGGUCUGAAGGCAGAAGCCGCCUCCCCGCCAGCGCUCUUCUCUGGCCUCUCCGGCCUCCCGACAGGCAGCCUUCCCGCCGCCCCGUUCCCAUCCAGCCUGGUGCUGGGGGCCUCUGCCAGCGGUGGGGACGUGUUCCUCCAGAUGCCAGCGUCCAGAGAGGAGGGUGGAGGCCGGGGCGAGGGCGGCACCUACCACCACCGCCAGCCCCACCACCACUUUCACCACGGAGGACACCGCGGGAGCUCGCUGCUGCAGCACGUGGGCGGGGACCACCGGGCGCACGCAGAUGAAGCGGGUGAUGAGCACCCCGGCACUCCCGCCCCUGCCCUGUCCGAGCUGAAGGCCGUGGUCUGCUGGCUCCAGAAAGGCCUGCCCUUCAUCCUGAUCCUCCUGACCAAACUGUGCUUCCAGCAUAAGCUCG